UGUUAUAAACUGACUUCGAAAGAAAUCGGGCCCAUUUACGCAAGCUGACUGCACAAACGCCAUGCAUUUAAGACAACUCCUCACCGAAUUGGUUAUCAUCUUGACCAUAUUGACCCUUCCUGGAGAUACCAUUGCCGGCUUACAAGAGAAGAAAAUCAAGCAAUACCCUUGGAUCCCGAAGUCGUCAACGCAUAUUACACCUUAUAAGAUAUCUGGGAAUAUAUGAAGAAUUAAAUGUGUUAUCAUGAACAAAUAAAUUUGGAAGACUUUUUCUGCCCAGUAA